GUCAGUCCCGACUGCGUCUUUAGGCAGCAGCACCCGAGGUGCGUGGCAGCGUGUGCAAAGGCCCCUCUGCUGUGCUCUUCGUGGUGGUGGGAGCGGCCCCCUCCCCUGCCACCAGGAGGCUGCCCAGGAGGGACCAGAGCCACAGCCGGCAGCGGUCAGCAGGGAUGAGAAGCCAGGAGAGUGUGAGGGGCGGCCCGCGGCAGGGCCUGGAAUGGGUGGGCAGAGGCAGCCGGAAGGUCUUGCGCAUCUGGUUCGGCAAGAUGUCGGUGAAGGAGGGCGCGCAGCGCAAGUGGGCGGCGCUGAAAGAGAAGCUGGGGGCCCAGGACUCGGACCCCACGGAGGCCAACCUGGAGAGCGCCGACCCCGAGCUGUGCAUCCGGCUGCUGCAGAUGCCGUCCGUGGUCAACUACUCGGGGCUGCGCAAGCGUCUGGAGAGCAGCGACGGCGGCUGGAUGGUGCAGUUCCUGGAGCAGAGCGGCCUGGACCUGCUGCUCGAGGCCCUGGCGCGCCUGUCCGGCCGCGGGGUGGCCCGCAUCGCCGACGCCCUCCUGCAGCUCACCUGCAUCAGCUGCGUGCGCGCCGUCCUGAACUCGCAGCGGGGCAUCGAGUACAUCCUCAGCAACCAGGCCUACGUGCGCCAGCUCUCCCUGGCUCUGGACACGUCCAACGUGAUGGUCAAGAAGCAGGUGUUUGAGCUGCUGGCUGCCUUGUGCAUCUACUCGCCCGAAGGCCACAUGCUGACCCUGGAUGCCCUGGACCACUACAAGACCGUGUGCAGCCAGCAGUACCGCUUCAGCGUCAUCAUGAAUGAGCUCUCGGACAGCGACAACGUGCCCUAUGUCGUCACCCUGCUCAGUGUGAUCAAUGCCAUCAUCCUGGGCCCCGAGGACCUCCGCACCCGCACCCAGCUGCGCGGGGAGUUCACCGGGCUGCAGCUGCUGGACGUUCUGACACGUCUGCGGGAUCUGGAGGACGCCGACCUGCUGAUCCAGUUGGAGGCCUUCGAGGAGGCCAAGGCGGAGGAUGCAGAGGAGCUUCUGCGCAUCUGCGGCGGCGUCGACAUGAACAACCACCAGGAAGUCUUCACUUCUGUGUUCCACAAGGUGAGCUGCUCCCCGGCAUCUGCCCAGCUGCUGUCCGUGCUGCAGGGCCUGCUGUACCUGGAGCCCACCCUGCCCUCCAGCCAGCUGCUCUGGGAGGCUCUGGAGAACCUGGUGAACCGGGCCGUGCUCCUGGCCAGUGACGUCCAGGAAUGCACCCUGGAGGAGAUGAUGGAGCGGCUUCUGUCCGUCAAGGGGCGGCAACGCCCCAGCACCCUGACCAAGGCCCACAAGAGUGUCCAGGCUGACCUAGGCCAGGGUCGGAGGGGCAGCGUGCCCCAAAACAGCGGCGCCCCCAAGGCGGGGGUGGGGGGCCAGAGGCCCGAGGCGGACCUCAGCAGCCUGCACGCCGUCGAGGACCUGGUUGCUCCACAGCUGAAGGCCCCAGCCCCCCCACCUGCACCUCCACUCCCUGGUCCCACCACAGGGCCCCCUCCCCCGCCCCCCCCACCUCCUCCUCCCCCCCCUCCCCCGCUGCCAGGCCUGGGGGCCCCAGCACCCCCACCUGCACCCCCACUCCCUGGCUCCACCACAGGGCCCCCUCCUCCUCCCCCCCCUCCCCCACUGCCAGGCCUGGGGGCCCCACCCCCUCCACCACCCCCCCUGCCUGUCUCUGGCUGGGCCUUGCCUCCUCCGCCUCCACCGCUCCCUGGCACAGGGUGCCCGCCCCCACCCCCGCCGCCUGGCCUAGACGGGGGCCUCCCUCCACCCCCACCCCUGCUGGGUACCUCUGGCCCCUCUGCGGCGGGUGGCGUGGAGGAGGUCAUCGUGGCCCACGUGGGCCCCAGCCUGGGCUCCUCCGCCUGGGUCCCAAGCCACCGGUGCGUGCACGCUCCCACUGUGCGCAUGAAGAAACUCAACUGGCAGAAGCUGCCGUCCAAUGUGGCGCAAGAGCACAGUUCCAUGUGGGCCUCGCUGAGCAGCCUGGGGGCCGAGGUCGUGGAGCCGGACUUCUCCAGCAUCGAGCGGCUCUUCUGCUUCCCCGAGGCCAAGCCCAAGGAGCAAGUGGCAGCCCCGGCCAGGAAGGAGCCCAAGGAGAUCACUUUCCUGGACUCCAAGAAGAGCCUGAACCUCAACAUCUUCCUGAAGCAGUUUCGAUGCUCCAACGAGGACGUCACUGCGAUGAUCCGGGCUGGGGACACCACGAAAUUUGACGUGGAGGUCCUCAAGCAACUCCUCAAGCUCCUCCCUGAGAAGCACGAGGUUGAAAACCUGCGCGCAUUCUCGGAGGAUCGGACCAAGCUGGCCAACGCCGACCAGUUCUACCUCCUCCUGCUGGGCAUUCCCUGCUACCAGCUGCGGGUGGAGUGCAUGUUGCUGUGUGAGGGCACGGCCGUCGUGCUGGACGUGGUGCAGCCCAAGGCCCAGCUGGUGCUGGCCGCCUGCGACAGCCUGCUCACCAGCCACCAGCUGCCUGUCUUCUGCCAGCUGAUCCUGAAGAUAGGAAACUUCCUCAACUACGGCAGCCACACGGGGGACGCCGACGGCUUCAAGAUCAGCACGCUGCUGAAGCUCACGGAGACCAAGUCCCAGCAGAGCCGCGUGACACUGCUGCACCACGUGCUGGAGGAGGUGGAGAAAAACCACCCGGACCUCCUGCAGCUUCCGAGGGACCUGGAGCAGCCCUCCCAGGCAGCGGGGAUCAACCUUGAGCUCAUCCGCUCGGAGUCCAGCACCAACCUGAAGAAGCUUCUGGAAAUGGAGAGGAAGGUGUCCUCCUGCAUCCCUGAGGUGCAGGAGCAGUACGCCCAGCGCCUCCAGGCCAGCAUCGAGGCCUCCCGGGCGCUGGACGAGGUGUUCCAGGCCAUCGAGCAGAAGAAGCUGCAGCUGGCCAGCUACCUGUGUGAGGACGCUCAGCAGCUCUCCCUGGAAGACACGUUCAGCACCAUGAAGACCUUCCGGAACCUCUUCCUCCGUGCCCUGAAGGACAACAAGGACCGGAAGGAGCAGGCGGCGAAGGCGGAGAGGAGGAAGCAGCAGCUGGCGGAGGAGGAAGCGUGCAGGCCGCGGGGCGAGGAUGGGAAGCCCGUCAGGAGGGGAGUCGGGAAGCAAGAGGACGUGUGUGUCAUCGAUGCCCUGCUGGCCGACAUCAGGAAGGGUUUCCAGCUGCGCAAGACGGCCCGUGGCCGAGGGGACGCGGAGGGGGGCAGCAAGGCGGCUGCCGGAGACCCCCUGAGGGACAAGGCGCCUGUGGCCACCAGAGACCCUGCAGGAGACACCAGCCACCCCGCCUCUGAGCCCCACAGCAGGGACCGCGUGGAUGCCACGGCCCCCGGCCCGCAGCCCACUGCUGACCCAUUGGAGGAGGAGGAAGAGGGGCCCGGGCCCCUGGGGAGGCGUUCUUCCUGGUACACCGACGCCAGCGAUUUCCUGGCCGCAGAGGACCCCCAGGCCCCCCAGCCCUCUGCGGGGGCCUGGCCGGUGGUGCUGGGAGGCGCUCAGGCCCUAAAGCCUCUCAGGCUCUCUGGUGACAAGCCCCCUGGGGCCACGGGGUCGAGCCAAGAUGCUGAAGACCCCGCAGGCCCUCGGGACGCCUGCCUGGCCGAGGCCGACAGCACCGUCCACAGGCUGGAGGCUACAGGCCCGCGUGGCCACGGUGCCACAGGCCCUGGCGUGGCUGGGGACGGGGACCAGGAGGACACAGCCCCGGAUUCUGCACUGGACACGUCCUUAGACAGGUCCUUCUCGGAGGACACAGCGAUGGAUUCCUCAGGGUCCGGCACCCUCCCCAGGACCCGGGAGCGAGCCUCGAAGGGGACGGGCAAGCGAAGGAAGAAGCGCCCCUCAAGGAACCAGGAAGAGGUUGCCCCUGACUCUGACGAUAAUAAAACAAAAAGACUCUGUGUGAUUCAGUGAGGCCUCGGCCGUAAGCCCAAAGCCAAGUGAGCGUGCCCGCUGCCGGCCUCCACACAGCCGUGGGCCGCCAGACGUGUGGUUGAGCGGGGCUCCUCCGGGGCCAGGGUGGGACUGGGCCUCUGGGAAACCAAAACUCUGUGCCUUACCCUCCGGGGCCGUGGGCCUCCCGGAGCUUCCUGGGGCGUUCUGGCCGAGACCCCAGCAGGCACCAGAGCCCAGCCCCCCACACGCCCCAGCCCCCCCGUGGUCCGCUUGCCGAAUGCCGAUGCCCACGCCGGCGCCCGCAUGCUCCCCAGCACCUGCCCGCAGGGGUGAGGGGCAGUGGCUGUGUCCCCAGGGCACCUUGAAGCUUGCACCCUGCCCUCCAGCCACCUGGUGCCCAGAUGCUUCUGGAGACAGGCCCUCGAGGACCUCUCCCUGCAGAGCCGUGGGAGCCCCCGCCCUCGCCCGCUGCCUCCUUACCGAGCCUCAGUCCCCCGCUCCCCGCUCUGCCCCCCAACCUGCUUCGCUAGGCCGGAGCAGAGAGUGGUUUUUCACUGAAAUACGGUUGUUCAUGCAUUCCUGCUGUCCUGCGGUAGCAGAGUUGGGUACAGGUGGGUGGGAGGACCCUGGGGCCUUGGGUAGGGGCAGGCUGGCCAGCAUUGCCACAGAUACGCCAUGGUCCCCCUACUCAGCAGACAGGAUCCACACCAGGCACGCCCAGCCCUGGGGGCGGGAGGGCAUCUGUUCUCACUGCCCCCGCCAGGCCCUCGCCACCCUUUCGACAGAGUGACCCAGCCUGCAGCCGCCGCUGCCUCCGGCGGGGUCGGGCACGCCCCCCGCCAGGCCGAGAGGAGACCCAGGGCCCACCCCGGAGAGGGCCAGCCUGCCCGCGCCCCCACACCCACCCCAGGUGUGCCCUGCCACCCAGGCUGGCAUCUGGAGAGCCUCAGACCAAUAAACAAUAAAGAGUAGAGCUAGCCCAGCGAGGGCCA